CAUUGUUGUGCUCAUGCAACACAAACCCGGUGCCUUUAAAAGGUUGAGGUGUGAACCUAAAUAAACUUUAUUGUUACUGUUUGGUACAAGAAUGAAGACCUCUCUUCUUUUCGGAAUUUUUCUUGGACUUUGGGCAAUGGUCUAUUCUACUCUGAUUAAUUCUGUGGCCCAAAUUCCCAUUAAAUCUGAGGAAGACGUGCUCCGUGAGGCUGUGACCGAUGGGUUCCUCGUUGAACACUUUCCCUCCCCGUCACUCAAAUCCGCACCACUUCAAGAAAACCUGACCACUCAAAAGUUCAACCAAACAUCCUCGGGCACAGAAGAUAGUGAUAAUCAUACCCUGUUGAAUGAGACCACUGAAGGCAGCACAUCAGGUGACGGGCUCUUCCAGCUCAGGGAUGAAGGUUAUUCAACCACAAGCUAUGAACGAAAUUUGUCAAGUUCCGACUCAUCUACGACCCUAAGUCCUCACUCUAACUGGACCUCUUUGUCAGAGCCAAACGCAACCCAGUCAAGUAACACCACAGAGCCCAGUCUGCCCUCCCAAACUGAUGACCCAGAGAGUUUUUAUUCUGGAUCUGGAAAUAGCGAGAUGCUCGACCAGUAUUCUUCUACACAACCUAGUAUAACCUCUACUCGAGGUGAUGUGGCCACAUCAUCUUUCUUUAACACAGAACAGGAGGCUCUAAGUGAUGAAGAUUUGGGGUCAGGAGCAGGAUUUGGAAUGCCAAAGGAUAAAGGAAAAGCCAGAAUAUUUGAAUUUCCAUCUGUCCAAGGUGGUGAAUUUUACCAAGUUCCGAAGUCCGACAAUUCUCCAGCAUCAGAACAACACAAAGGACAUGUGACACCAGAUUGGAUCAUCAUCUUGGGUUUUGUUGUUGGAGUUGCAGCACUGGUGAUGCUUUGUGCUGCUAUCGCUACCAGAGACAAGUGGAAUGGUCCGAGGCAAGCAUCGAGUCCACGAACCAAAGUUGACUCCUCACAGCAGCAGAAAGCAGAGAAAGAAGCAUUCCUUCAAAAAGAUACACCCGUGGAAAAUGGAAAUGGAGUAGAGUACACAGUUAUCCCGUUGGAAGAGCUUCCAGAGAAAGAUUUACAAUGAGACAAACAUUUUAUUCCAAGAAUGUGGAGCUCUGCCUCCUCAGACGCUGGUCAAAAAGAUUAAGUAUUCUUGCAACUUUAUAUUGCAAGAAAUAUUUGGCUUCUUGGUGGCAUUCAUAAAUACUUUGCAACUACAUCACUACUCAUUUCUAAUUAGCUAGUGUCAUAAACUCUUGUUAACCAUUAGAAUCUGGUCAAUUAAGUAGUUAAAAGUAUUUAUUCAAUACCACCACGUAUUCCUGCGUAAUAUUCAAAGAAGUGUUAAUUAUUGGUCUGUUGAUAGGCAAUAAAAAAUUAUAUAUAUAUAUAAAAUGUAAAAUAUUGGAUUGAAGUAUAAUAUGUAAUUAUUCAUGAGUAAUUAUAAUUAUUAUGACAUUAUUUUUGUACAUUUUUUGUAAAUUUUUUAUUGUAUGUCAACUAUGAAAG